UUAGUGUCCAGGUGUGGAGUGGAGCUCGUUGUUGCUGUCUCUGUGUGAAGAAACUACUGACUAAAGUCCACAAGAAGAUGAUGAUGGAGAAAGAGGAGGACAGAGCAGAGUCUGCAGGAUCCAGCUGUGAAAGUGACAACUCCAGAGAUAAUCCUCCAUACUUCAGUGCUGAACCUGGACCAACGAGAGGUCAGAGGUCACAGUCUGCAGGGUCCAGCUGUCCGUCUGUGAGGAGUGACUGGUCCAAACCUGAAAAUCCAAACUUCAGUGGUGAACCUGGACCAACGAGAGAGAGGAAGAAGAGUGAUGUUUGUGAGGAGGAGCAGCUGCCCUGCUGUGCUUUGUGUCAGGACGUCCUGAAGGAUCCAGUCUGUACCAGCUGUGGACACAGGUUCUGCAGACAGUGCAUUUCCUCAUACUGGGACCACUCUGCUUCAUCAGGAGACUCCUCCUGUCCCCAGUGUGGAGAAAGAUCCAAAACCAGAGCUGGACUGCAGACAGCCAGUCAAAGCAGCUGUGUACAAACAGUUGUUGGUCUGCAGGAGCUUUUAGAUGAACAUAAGAUCAGUCUGAGGAGGAGAUGUGAAUGUGUGGCAGAAGGAUGUGAUGAAACACGAAGUAGAACCCUCCUCAACAGGAUCUACACUGAGCUCUACAUCACAGAGGGACAGAGUGAAGAGGUUCAUACCCAACAUGAGGUGAGGCAGCUGGAGACAGCUUCCAAGAUGGACGCCCUCCAUGGCACUCCAAUCAGGUGCCAGGACAUCUUUAAAGCCUUACCUGACCAACAGAGACCCAUCAGAGUGGUUCUGACCAACGGCGUGGCUGGUGUUGGAAAAACCUUCUCAGUGCAGAAGUUCACUCUGGACUGGGCAGAGGGCUUGGAGAACCAACAUGUCAGUGUGGUGGUUCUGCUUUCAUUCAGGGAGCUGAACCUGAUCAGAGAUGAGUAUUACAGUCUUCUGGAGCUGCUCCAUGUUUUCCAUCCAACAUUACAGAAGGUCACAGCAGAGAAGCUGGCUGUCUCUCAGCUUUUGUUCAUCUUUGACGGCCUGGAUGAAAGCAGACUUUCAUUGGAUUUCACCAAUAGGAAACUGCUGUCUGAUGUUACACAGAAGUCAUCAGUCAGCCAGCUGCUGACAAACCUCAUCCAGGGGAAUCUGCUUCCCUCGGCUCUCGUCUGGAUAACUUCCCGACCUGCAGCAGCCAAUCAGAUCCCUCCUACAUGUGUUGACAGGAUAACAGAACUACGAGGCUUCACUGACGCCCAGAAGGAGGAGUACUUCAGGAGGAGAGUCAAUGAUGAAGAGCUGUCCAGCAAAAUUAUCUCUCAUAUGAAGACAUCCAGGAGCCUCCACAUCAUGUGUAGAAUCCCAGUCUUCUGCUGGAUCACUGCUACAGUUCUGGAGCACAUGUUAACUACAGAGGAGAGAGGAGAGCUCCCCAAGACCCUGACUGACAUGUACUCACACUUCCUGCUGUUUCAGACAAAGAGGAAGAAGAACAAGUACGAUGAGGGACAUGAGACGAGUCCACAGGAGCUGACGGAGGCUGACAGGGAAGUUCUUCUGAAGCUGGGGAGGCUGGCGUUUGAACAUCUGGAGAAAGGAAACAUCAUGUUCUACCAAGAAGACCUGGAGCAGUGUGGUCUGGAUGUGACAGAGGCCUCGGUGUACUCAGGAGUUUGUACAGAGAUCUUCAAACGAGAGUGUGUGAUCUUCCACAAACCAGUCUACUGCUUUGUUCAUCUAAGCAUUCAGGAGUUUCUGGCUGCAGUCUACAUGUUCCACUGUUUCACCAACAGGAAGACAGAGGUGGUGGAGAACUUCCUAUGUCCCCAGGUGGGAAACUUCAUCUGGGAUGAGGAGGAAGAGUAUGAAGAUGAUGAUAGUGAUACUGAUAAUUAUAGUGAUGAUGAAGGAUUGGUGAAUGAUUACGUGGAUCCAAGACAGGUCUGGGACGAGAGCACUAUGAUGAGACAGCAGAUGAUUUACUUCCAAAAGAUAACUUCUAUGACCAAGAAGCUUUUUGGAAGGGAUCUCCGAUCAUACGAUGCAUUUCUGAACAGAGUCAUGGAGAAGUUCCUCCAGAGUAAAAAUGGCCACCUGGACCUGUUUGUUCGCUUCCUUCAUGGCCUCUCUCUGGAGUCCAACCAGAGACUCUUAGGAGGUCUGCUGGGUCAGACAGUGAUCAGUACAGAAAUCAUCCAGAGAGUCAUCAACAACCUGAAGAUGAUGAACAGUGAUUACAUGUAUCCUGACAGAAGCAUCAACAUCUUCCACUGUCUGAUGGAGAUGAACGACCUCUCAGUACAUCUGGAGAUCCAAGAGUUCCUGAAGUCAGAGAACAGAUCAGAGAAGAAACUCUCUGAGAUCCAGUGCUCAGCUCUGGCCUUCAUGCUGCAGAUAUCAGAGGUGGUUCUGGAUGAGUUUGACCUUCGGAGGUACAACAUAUCAGAGCAGGGACAACUGAGACUGAUUCCAGCUGUGAGGAACUGCCAAAAGGCUCGACUGACUCAGUGUCGACUCUCAGAGACUCAGUGUGAAGUUGUGGCCUCUGCUCUGAAAUCCAACCCCUCCCAUCUGACACAACUGGACAUGAGUUUAAAUGACCUGACGUUUUCGGCAGUGAAGCUUCUCUGUGCUGGACUGGAGAGUCCCAACUGUCGACUCAAGACUCUGAGACUGGGGAGCUGUGGUUUGUCAAAGAUCAGCUGUGAUUAUCUGGCAGCAGCGCUGAAGUCUAACCCCUCCCAUCUGAUAGAGCUGGACCUUAGAAACAACAACUUGCAGGAUUCAGGAGUGAAGCAGCUGUGUGGUUUUCUGGAGAGUCCAGGAUGUAGACUUGAAACUGUGAGUUUGAGAAGCUGUGGUUUGUCGAAGAUCAGCUGUGAUUAUCUGGCAGCAGCGCUGAAGUCCAACCCCUCCCAUCUGAGAGAGCUAAACCUGUGGUUAAACAAGCUGCAGGAUCCAGAUGUGAAGCAGCUGUCUGAUCUUCAGCAGAGUCCAGACUACAGACUGGAGACUCUGAGGUGGAGCUGAUGAUGGUAAACAGGACGGUGAGAGAGGAUGAGCUGUGUCCCGAUUUGAUUUUUUAUUUGUAUUUGUUUUAAUGAAAUAUAUGACAUAUACUCUGU